GGGACAUGAGGUGGAUACUGUUCUUUGUGACCCUUAUUGGGUCAAGCAUCUGUGGCAGAGAAAAAUUUUUUGGGGACCAAGUUUUUAGGAUUAAUGUCAGAAAUGGAGACGAGGUCAGCAAACUGACUCGACUAGUGAAUUCGGACAACUUUAAGCUCAACUUUUGGAGUUCUCCCUCUGCCUUGGGCCGGCCUGUGGAUGUCCUGGUUCCGUCUAUCAGUCUGCAGCCAGUCAAAUCCUUCCUGAAGUCCCAAGGCUUGGAGUACUCAGUGACAAUUGAUGACCUGCAGAUUUACCAAGAGAUGGACAACAUUGCCACAGAUUUCCCUGACGUGGCAAGCAGGGUGAAGAUUGGACAGUCAUUUGAAAACCGGCCGAUGUAUGUCCUGAAGUUCAGCACAGGAGGCGAGCAGCGGCCGGCCAUUUGGCUCAAUGCAGGCAUCCAUUCCCGCGAGUGGAUCUCACAGGCCACCGCCAUCUGGACGGCGAGGAAGAUUGUGUCUGAUUAUGGGAGGGACCCAGCUGUGACCUCCAUCUUGGAGAAAGCGGAUAUUUUCUUGUUGCCUGUGGCCAAUCCUGAUGGAUAUGUAUAYACACACACUCGAAACCGAUUAUGGAGGAAGACGMGGUCCCUGAAUCCUGGAAGCCGCUGUGUUGGCACUGAUCCAAAUCGAAACUGGAAUGYGAGUUUUGCAGGAGAGGGAGCCAGUGAUAACCCUUGCUCUGAAGUGUACCACGGCCCCCAUGCCAAUUCUGAAGUGGAGGUGAAAUCGGUGGUAGAUUUCAUUCAAAAGCAUGGAAAUUUCAAAUGCUUCAUCGACCUGCACAGCUACUCACAGCUGCUGAUGUAUCCCUAUGGAUACACUGUCAAGAAGGCCCCAGAUGCUGAGGAGCUGGACGACGUGGCGAGGCAUGCCGCUGCAGCUCUGGCUUCCCUUUCGGGCACUAAGUACCAAGUGGGCCCAACCUGCACCACCGUGUAUCCAGCUAGYGGGAGCAGCAUCGACUGGGCAUAUGACAAUGGCAUCAAGUAUGCAUUCACAUUUGAGUUGAGAGAUACAGGACAUUAUGGCUUCCUUCUUCCAGCCAACCAGAUCAUCCCCACCGCAGAGGAGACCUGGCUGGGGCUGAAGACCAUCAUGGAGCACGUGCGGGACAACCUCUACUAGACAAGGAGCCCCCUCUGUCUACAUUUAUUUGUCCCCAUAAGCACAUCAACUGAGGCCACUCUUAAAGAGCUCAUUCCUUCAUGUGUGAGUCAGAGCGCUUUGGCUUGGUAGAAAACAUAGGCCAGCCCUCUGCAGCCCCGCUCUCUG